AAGGAUCGUGCAUUUUUCCAUUUUUUCAUUUUUUCAUUUUUUCUAUAUAUAAAAAAUUGGUCAUUCAAAUUUUACUUUCAAGUUGGUUAUAUAAUCAAUCAAUCAUAACAUUCAAAACCAAACUGAGACCAAUUUUUUGUUGAUGACUUUCAUCCUCUAAACUCAGUGUUCGAGCAUAAUUAGUAUGGAAGUCGCUGGCCAGAACAUAGUCACAUAUGAUGAAGAUGAGGCGUUAAAGCGUUUGUAUGAUGCCUUUGGAAGUUCAUUUACUCUUGAAGAUAUAGCUGAUGCCUAUUGCAAGGCAAGCAAGAAUGUAGAAUUUGCUGGGGAAAUUUUGUAUGAUAUGACGGGGAGCUCCUCAACAUCUGGGAAUCAUUCGUCUACUUCAGAUGCCAAGGUGGAAGUGUCUUCAGAAUCUUCUGAUGGACAUUCCUUUGAAAAUUCCUUCAAUGGAAGGAAAAACUUCAAGCCCAAAGUUCGCCCUGUUUCAGCUGGUACCGUUUCAAGCGUUAUUGGGAAAAGUUAUGUUAGACCCAUGCCACCUGCGAAAAGGUCUGAUGGUAUGACUAAACCUCCUAAGUUGGACGCAAAGGAUCUUCCAAUGACUGGAAUUUUGCGUGAAAAGAGAACAUCAAUGCCAAAGUCUUCAAAGCGUGAUCAGCUUCAAGGCGACAUGGAGGAUUUCUUGUUCAAAAUGCUUGGAGUUGGUUUUCAGCUUGAAAGAAAUACCAUACGCGAAGUUCUUGAUACUUGCGGGUAUGACAUGAAAAAGAGCUUGGAAAAAUUGCUGGAUCGAGCUUUCGACAAAAGCCCAGCUGAUGUUCGUGAUUCAUCUGAGAAGUUUGUAGAUAUGAAUACAAAAUAUGAAGCAUCAGCAUCUGAAAGAAAGUCUCAGGAUUUAAAUUGUAACAGAGGAAACGGAGACAUACUUUCAGUUAAAGAAGUAGAACUACAUCAGCAGCAAAAGGAGAGACAUGACGUUCAGAAAGAAGUCUGGUCUAAUUUGUUUAGCUAUCGUGAGUAUGUUGAGAAUCCUCCUAAACGAUUUGUAAGGGAUUUGACUUUGAAUAAGAAUUCACCAUAUGGAGUUGGACAUGUGGUGUUCAAACCUCCCAAUGAUUCAACGGAAGAAUACAAGAUCGACAUGGACUUUAGGAGACGAGAAAAUGAAGAUGAUGCAGAGAACGAAGCAGAAUACCAAAGUGUGCGGAAAGCUGUGAAGGAAUAUCGGGCGACGAUGAAGGAAUAUUAUAAAGCGGCUGUUGAGGCAUUUGCAAGCGGAGAUCAAACCAAAGCUGAAAAAUUGUUAGAUCAGGGACAAUUUUACCUGAAAAAGGCACAUGAAGCUGAUGAAGAAUCGAGUAAAAUGAUUCUUGAAACAAAAACGGCAGACACACAAGAAAUGGUCCUUGACCUACGUGACCAAGACCCGAAAGAUGGUGUUAGACUACUCAAGUGUCAUCUUUCCACUCUGUCUGGAAGUUCAUCGUUCGACUACCUCAAGGUUAUCUUUGAUGCAAAUGAUCAAGCUAACAAGAAAAGGUCUUGCAGACGACUGGUAUUAAAACUAUUAGAGCAGGAGUCUAUAAAGUGGGCCGAAGGAGAAAUAGCUGAGACAAUAAUGAUCCGCUUAGAUAACAUUGAGCGUCAACGGUUGAGUUUUUUCAAAACAUAGCAUCUUUAAUGUGAACCGAUGUCUGGUUACUAAUUAGUUAACAAAAGAACGGGCCAUCCAACGUCCAUGAUGUGUAAGUACUUAACUAUCGGUCAAUUUUGGAAUUGAGGUUGUGGAAGGAAGUGAGUUGGUUAUUUGGUCCCAUAUAUUUUGCAUGAUUUUUUGGCAACAUUAGUUGAAAUAUGAAGAUCCAAAUUUGAUUGUCCGUGCUAGUGAAAUGUUAAUGUUGUUUCGCUUGAAUGUACAGAAUAUGAUGCUCUUUGACUCUAUUGAGUUUAUAUGAAUGAUUUUCUUCGAGAUUA